CCAAACACCCCCAAUGUCAUUAACUUAUUGACAUAAGAAUUUGAGGUUAUAUUUUUGGUUUUGAUUUUAAUGAAUUUAAAAUUUAUUUGGCAAGUGGAAGUAAAGAUUUUACCAAAAUUUCCUUCGUUGUGUUACUCUACAUCAAAAAAGGAAUUCAUAAAUCCUAAUAAAAAGAAAAUGGCACCUAGUAUUCCCGACAGAUGGAUUCCAUAUAAAGCCUGUGGAAAUGUAAUUGAAGGAACCAGAUUGAUAUGUUUCAAAGUACCCCUGCGAAGGACUGUACAAACGAACAAAGCAGAAAUUAAAGAAAUAUGGGACGUAAAAGCUCUUUUGAGUUCAAUCCCGAAUUUGGUUGCCGUUAUAGAUCUGACGAACACAGCUCGUUACUACGAUCCGAGAGAGCUUCAAGCGGCCGGUGUUGUCCACAAGAAAAUUUUUAUGCCUGGACGCAUAAUACCUCCCAAGGAUAAGGUGAUCGAAUUUAUGGACGCCGUUGACGAGUUCUUGGGAAAAGAUUGCGAUAAGCUGGUGGGAAUCCACUGCACCCACGGGUUAAACCGCACCGGGUACAUGGUGUGCCGGUACAUGCGGGACCGGCUCAACAUCGACCCGAAGGUCGCCAUCAAGAGGUUUGAAUUAGCUCGUGGAUAUCAAAUUGAAAGAGAUAAUUAUAUCGCUGACAUACUUGGAAAACCACCACCUCCGCCUCAAUUUGGUAAUCAUACAAAAGUGAAGCCUAUACAAAAUGGCGACGAAGAUGUGGAAGAUGACCUGCCUAACUCAGAAAAACAUAAUGCACAUGAAAAUGAGAGAAAAGGUGUAAAGAAGAAGUACACAUACAACGGCGAAUCGUGGAGGGACGAAUGUAGACAAAACAAAGACGCUAAUGAAAUUGACGAUGCUAGUACUAAUGGCAGAUACGUAAAACACCCUUCUUACUGUGAACAAGAUAGGAAUGAAGGUAGUGGCAUUUCGAGGAGGGAAAAAAGAAGAAGAAGAAGACAAAAUACCACUCAUAAAAACAGCACAGACUCAGAUAGAUCUUACGACUAUAAAUAUGAUUACUGACAGACUACAGUGUCCGUAGUAACUCUUCAGUAUACAAAUAGUAAUUUCUAUUAUUUUAGACCAACCCUUAACGUAUAUUAUAAACCAAGCAAUGAAGUUUUACCUGGAAAUAGACUGAAUGUAGAAACGUUUACGUGUUUUACCCUUAUUACUAUUAGGCCGUAUGAAACGAAGUUCAAAACUCAGUUCAAACUGGCUAAUAGAUUCAAGGCUAUGAUUGGUCAAAACUAUGAAAUACGCUAUUACAGGCUUAAUCUAUGCUUGAGUUUGAAUCAAGUUUCGUAUUCGGUCCUUAGAUUUUACCUUCCUAUUCGGUUGCAUCAAAAUGUAAUUGCUUCAAGCAAGACCGCAAUAGGACUUUCAAUAGUUUUAACUGUUACAAUACAAACUGCCUUAUACAGGGUGUCCCGGAAUGGGUGAAUCAAACUGAUAGGGGAGGUAGCUCUACUAAUGUACUAUCCGUAAAAAAUAUGAAAAAAAAAAAUAAUGCGCAUAAGGACACAAACAAUUUUUUUAUUGAAAAAGUGAAAAUAAAUCUGCUUUGUCUAAGUAUCUGGCUAUAAUUGCUGCGUUUGGAGUUUAUUUGUACUUUUUUGUUACUAAUAUUAAUUGUACAUGAUCGCUUCGUUUAUCUGUAAACACACUUUUGAGAAUAAUGACUAGAUUUCGAGUUUAGAGCACUUUAUUUAAAAAAUAAUUCCGAACUGAAAUUUUUUUUUUCAUAUUUUUUAGGGAUAGUACAUUAGUAGAGCUAUCUCCCCUGGCAGUUUGAUUCACCCAUUCUGGGACACCCUGUAUAAAAUUUGAUCCUCAAAUUAAUGCAUAAUAAGUUUUAAAAUGUGCAUAAUAAUAUGAAAUAUUUGAAGCCUCUCUUUUAAAGUGAUAUUUUGUAUAUGGAUUCUGUUUUACAUAUUGUAUUAUCAACUUAUUUAUACCUAUAUGCCGUAGGUAAUGAGUGGAAUAAAAAAAGCAAACAUU